AUGACACGGAACCAGUUUCAAGGCACAAGGUCGGAAGUGGAAGAACUGAUGAACAAGAUCUGGCAGAAUCCCAAAGACCAUAAGCGUGCCAGUCAGUUCACCGCAGAAGGCUACCUGUAUGUGCAGGAAAAAAGGCCUGCUCUGUUUGGCUCCAGUUGGGUCAAACACUACUGCAUGUAUCGAAAGGCAGCCAAGAAAUUCAACAUGAUCCCAUUUGAGCACAGAUCUGGGGGGAAACUUGGGGAUAGAGAAGUAUUCUUCUUGAAGGAAUGUACCAGAAGGCAUACGGACUCCAUCGACAGGAGGUUUUGUUUUGACAUUGAAGCUGCUGACCGGCCGGGCAUUUCCCUGACCCAGCAGGCAUUUUCAGAAGAGGAAAGGAAGCAGUGGUUGGAAGCUCUGGGAGGAAAAGAAGCGCUGUUCCAUGGUUUGAAGAGCAUAAUCCCAAGACCAGAAGGAAGUGCACAGAUGGAUAAGAUGGGGUCCACGAUUCUUAGGAAAUGCAUCAGUGCAGUGGGAACCCGAGGUAUAAAUGACCAAGGAUUAUACAGAGUUGUGGGGGUGAGCUCAAAGGUCCAGACACUUCUGAGUAUAUUGACAGAUGUCAAAACAUGCAAUGAGCUGGACCUGGAGAAUUCCAUAGAUUGGGAAGUGAAGACAAUCACAAGUGCCCUGAAGCAGUAUUUGAGGAGUCUUCCAGAGCCUCUCGUGACUUAUGAGCUACAUGGAGAUUUCAUUGUUCCAGCCAAAAGUGGCAGCCCAGAAUCUCGAGUAAAUGCUAUCCAUUUCUUGGUACACAAACUGCCAGAGAAGAAUAAAGAGAUGUUGCAUAUUUUGGUGAAACACUUGACAAAUGUUUCAAAUCACUCCAAGCAAAAUCUAAUGACAGUGGCAAACUUGGGAGUGGUGUUUGCACCAACUCUAAUGAGGCCACAGGAGGAAAGCGUUGCAGCCAUCAUGGACUUGAAGUUUCAGAAUAUUGCAGUCAAAGAGACAAGGCCAGAGGACGAGUGA